AUGGAACCCAUUCCAGGAACUUCAAACUUUUUCGAUGUCUCAGAUGAGGAGGGAGAGGACGAAUUCGAGAACUAUGUCCCUCUCUCAAGACAAACUUUGGCAGAGGAACAGAGUUCAUCAGAGGAAUCGUCCGACCGACGACUUGACUAUGUUCCGUUGCAUAAUAGCAGCAUCGAUUCUGAUGAACCUCUGUCAGAGUAUGCUCAAAGGCUCAGGGUAAGAAAUUCUCCAGGGACCCCCGGUUUCAAAUGGAGAAAGCGGGAGAAUGUUCCGAGAAAAUUCGGCCUGACGGCAACACCAGGCCUAAAAGUAAAUCUUACCCAAUCAGACUCCCCACAUGAAUUCCUCAACGUUUUUUUCACCGAGGAAACGAUGAAAAUAAUUGUGGAAGAGACCAACAAGUACGCUGAGUCCAAUCCUGGUUUUGUGCGAGGGCACGAGAGGAAGUGGACGCCCGUCACCAUUCCAGAACUCGCAGUGUAUGACCAAAUAUCCACUUGCCUCCACUUUAGCAGUAGGAUGGGGCAGAUCAGACCCAAUAGGCUGUGGAAGCUCGGCCGCAUCGUCGAGCUUCUACAGCAAAGUUUCAAGGAAGCAUAUGUUCCUCCACAAACAAUAACAGUGGAUGAGAGUCAGGACAGGGGAGUUCUUCCAGCGUCACAUAAGGCCGUAGCCGACCUUAUGGAGUCGGCCGAAGUGUUGGAUAAGGGUUACAGCUUGUACGUUGACAAUUGGUACAGCUCACCAUACCCUAUUCCCACUGGUUACAGGGGCGUAAGACCAAACGCUUGCGGCACAGUAAGAGCUAACCGCAAGUUCAUGCCCACAGAUUUUCCAACAGAAUGCGGCUAA